AUGUGGAAUUUUACUUCAUCCAUUCCAAUCGUUCAUGAACAUCCCUAUACUGUAACAGACAAUCAUCUACAGGGCAAGACUCGAGGCACGCCGUCUGGUAGACCUAACGAUAAUGAACCAUCAAGUCUGAAUGGUGACAAUGGAUCUUCCUUGCUACAUUGUGUCCUUGCAGGAGGUAUUGGCGGAAUCAUCGGGGAUUCGUCGAUGCAUUCAUUAGAUACUGUUAAGACAAGACAACAAGGUGCUCCCAUGACACCGAAAUAUAAGAAUAUGACUACUGCAUAUAGGACCAUUUUCCUCGAGGAAGGGAUUGCCAGGGGUCUUUACGGUGGGUAUUUUGCCGCCAUGUUGGGAUCUUUCCCCAGUGCAGCGAUCUUCUUUGGAACAUAUGAAUGGUGCAAGAGGAAGAUGAUCGGCGAUUUGGGAUUCAAUGAUACAGUAUCUCACUUGAGUGCGGGACUGCUGGGUGAUUUUGUUUCCAGUUUUGUAUAUGUCCCCUCUGAAGUGUUGAAGACUAGGUUACAAUUACAGGGGAGAGUUAAUAAUCCGUUCUUCCAAAGUGGGUACAAUUAUAGAAGUUUGAGGACAGCGAUAAGGAUAAUUGUAAAUACGGAAGGUGUCAAAGCAUUAUUUUUCGGUUAUAAGGCAACUCUAGCAAGAGAUUUACCUUUUAGUGCAUUACAAUUUGGGUUUUACGAGAAAUUUAGACAGACCGCCUUUAAACUAGAGAAGAAAGACAUAACUAAGCAUAACUUAUCCAUUCCGAAUGAAAUAUUCACUGGUGCCAUCGCAGGUGGUCUUGCAGGGAUCAUCACCACUCCAAUGGAUGUCAUUAAGACCAGAUUACAAACCCAGCAAGCAGAUAUCAACCCAAAUUCGGCAACAACGGUGGGUGCCAUCUCUGCAAAGACGAACAAGAAAUCAAGACCUAUAGUGUUAUCGAAUUCCAUUUUCAGAAGUUUAAAGCUAGUAUACCAAUCUGAAGGUGUAAUUGGGUUUUUCAGUGGGGUAGGGCCAAGGUUUGUUUGGACAAGUGUCCAAAGCAGCAUAAUGUUACUUCUCUAUCAGAUGACUUUGAGGCUCCUUAAUUCCUCACCAACCACUUCAAGCUCGUUGCUCUGA